CCGAUGGUUGUCAGACCUCAAGAAGAGUUCAUAUGAAGUCGUGCGGAGGGCUGCUGUUACCGCAUCGGCACUCACCCAAGAUGACAUAGACGAGUACUACCGUGAUCGAGUCUCUGUUGACCGCGAACAAGAUGCCCUUGAAUCUUCAAAAAAACAGCUUCGAGUGGCGGAUCAACAGCUUACGUUGCGUAUGGAAAAACGCUAGGGAUGACCUUGAUCUAAGAAAUUGCACGGCCAAUCCAAGCACAGCUGACCGGAAGCGUCCACGCGAUGCCCUUGACGAUGACGGUGCCAGACUACCGAAGACACUACGAAACCAAUCUCCUCUAUUGCCCACGCCAAUUCCUCCUGCAAUCUCCGCUAUGAAUGAGAGACAUCUGUCCCAAGAUAAUGAAGACGGUGAAAACAACAAUGAUCACCCUGAUGCCGAACCGCCCGCGCGACCUGCUUCCCUCGACCAGGAUGCUGCCUUAUCGACGACCUCCAACGAGGUUAUCUCUAGCCCAAAGCGGACUACACCUUCUGCGCCACUUGUAUCUUUCAAGCCUUCCCACAAAGCAGGUGCUCCUUCAACUGGCCCUUCCUUAACCGGUGCUCCUUUGGCUGAUGCUGGUAAGCCAGGCUUUCGUGGAACGCAGACUGGCUCAUAUAAAGCGCCUAAGCCAGACGCGCUUUCCUUCAUUGGACAGGACACCGGACGACAUGAGCCACAGGCAUCGAUAACCUCACAUCAGUUGUUGGCUUUUACAGAGCCUGAAGAGACUGGACCACCAGCAUCAAGUACACCACACAGGUCGCGGACUUUCUCUGCGGAAUCUAGAGAGCCUGGGCCACACACCCUUCCUGCGUCAAAUAAGACGCUCCUCGAGGUUGCUUCAUCCUUGGCCCCAUCCACAGCCACCUCACUUGAAGACAUUUAUGGACAACUUGCAUCUGGAACUUCCACUGGACAGAAUCACGGACAAUCGAGGAGAAUUUCAUCUGGAUCCAGCCUGACGCUGGAGGAUUUGAAUCCGCCGGGAUACUCAUCACCCAAUGAUGGUACUGAAGCCGAUCUUCGUGAUAUGGUGUCGCCGGCAAAUUCACAGCUCUCGCUUGGAUUGAACCUACCCUCGACCGAUCCAUAUGACCCGAACUUUUUUACGGAUCAAGACCUUUAUGAGUCGACUACCAAGUUCUAUACAUGGAAUUAUCUUGAGGGAAGCGGACGACAUGACUCGAAUGUCGAUAGUGCGUGGAUAUACAACGACGUUGAGAUUGGUGGCGAUUUGAUGGAUUUUAGGGAUCGUGUCAUAAAAGAGAACGGCGGCUUGACCGAACCUCACGAGAAACUGGUGGUGAACUUUGUGUUCCUCGUUGAAGGAGAUCACCAGACUAGAGGCUUGCACGUCGAGAUUGAAGACGAGCCUUGGGCCGCACUCUGUGAAGCGACGAGGGACCAAGUGGACCCACUCCCAAAAGUUACUGUCGAUGAAGCACACCAGUGGGUGCGCUUUUUAGCUCGGGAGAGCCCAGACUCAUUUAAAGCACGUUUGAGAGCUUCGCCACCCAAUGACCCAUCUCUCCAGUCCAUCUUAAACCUGAUGGUCAGCAGUGGCCAACUCUGGAACAGCGAAUCGUGCAACGAGGACACAUACCUCAAAUCUUGGCUGGGACCCUUCCUACAAACGUACUUCAGCAGUAUUACGUUCACUACGAGUGGCUGGACGCAGACGCAGGAGGAGACUCGAAACACAGACUCCAGUCUACUCGUUCCCGAUUUCGCAACUGUGACGGUGACCAAACAGGGAGAAGUAUCUCUAGUGCUUUUGGAAGGAAAAGUCGCUUCGAACAAGGGCUUUCAAAUUUGGGACGACAGGACGAAGUUGGGUCAAGGGAUGAAGCUCGCGCUGGACUCGAUCGUGAUGCUUUCUCCUAAGGACGAAGUUUGCGUUGUUGGGAUUCUCGUGCGAGAUUCAUGCCGAAGGAACUUAUAUCAUGCGUCGGUUUGCAAUUUGCUACAUUGCAGCCGAUCAUAUGAACAUGCUCCCCAUCAUCACCAUGAUGGAAGCAUUUCAACAUGCGCUGGUAAAGGUAAAGAAGACUCUCGCUGCCAUCCGCCGUGUCAGGAUACGCCCUAGCCCGAACCCGAAAGUUCCUCUCUCUUGGCUCAGACCGUCUUUCAAUAAGCCAACAAAGACGCUCGUCCUUGACGGCGAGUAACGUUGGGUUAGGCUCAUCUUCAGUUCAUAAGGUUAUCUUAUGAAAUAAGA